ACCUGUCAACGCACCGAGGCGGGCGCUCAGCGACCGUCGCGGUGCAGCGGUGCAAAAGUGCUGCUCGAAUGUUAGGAGCCAUUAUCCCUCUGAAUUUCGUUUAGAAUUGUGUGUUCGGUUUGUUUUUACGGUGCGUGUGUAUCGCCAGAGGCCUAAUCGAGUGACGGCGUCGCAGCCAACCCGCAUUCCAUUCAAUACCAUUAUUGGUAUUGUGAAUCUGUGCUGCGUAAGGUGUAUCUCUCAAUCAGUGCUUGCCAGCUUGGUGCUUACGUGCUGCUAGAUCGUUGUCAUCGUCGUCGUCCACACAAAAAAAAAUAUAUAUAUAGUUUAUAGUUGAUACUUCGUGAUGUCCACCGUAUCUGUUUAACGUGUUCGUGCGUUUGUAUGAGCGAGGUUGUGCAAUUUAUAGAAAAGGAAAUCAAGGAUUAAUUUACAACAAUCCAUCGAAUUCUGAACUAACCAGACGUACUACCUGAUUUAAUUCUUCGACGAAACUAUUAUCGUGGUAGCGUGACAGGGUGCAGCGCGGCGUACAAACGAGUCGUUAAUCUUACAACGAAAACGUGGUAGUGGCCACAGUAGCGACAGUGGUGAAUUGAAGGGGCGGUGCGUCGUCGUGGGAGCGUGGAGUGGAAAACAGUCGGCGGAACCAUGUAAGCUACUGUGGGAUUUAAAACGGCAGGAGUGAGAAGGAAGCGCAACAAAAGCCAGCAAUCCGGAGCGGUACAAUCCGAAUCGACGCUAGAAGAACGAGCAUUUUAUUUUCUAUCACAGGAAUUUCCUGCCAAGUGUAAGCUAAGGCUUGCAGGGGUUUCUCAGGCCUUCGAAGCGACGGGCGACGAAACAGUUGUUCCAUCUCGUUUACUGUAGUUGGAAGGACGUGCCCCACAAUUCUGCUAAGAGACGAUCGGAAGGAAGAUCUAACUUAGCAGACGUAGUUAGUCGUUUCUCGAUACAGGGGCUAAAGAAACGAUAUAAGAAACCCUUAUUCUGCCUCUCGAUGCGGUGCGGACUGAGGUCCGUUGCCGCGGGUUUGGUCCAGGGAGUGCCACGUCUCCACUGCCGCCCCGGCUGCCAGUGACCCGUCUAGCGCGAGUAUGGCGGACCGCCCGCGUGCCUGACACUCCACGCACGACAACUUGCUUGUUAGCGACAAGUAGCGUCAACGAACCCACGGAAACCAAGAACCGACAUAAACGGCUUCUUUUUGGUACCAGCUCGCUUCGGUUCGGUACUGGUAACGACGAUACCAACGCACCAAAGCGAUCGAAAACAACAUCAACUUUUGAAGGCCGUAGUUGUUACUGUCGCCGCCGUCAUCCUUAGCAACAAUAACAAUGAUAAUAACGGUAACAUCAAACUAAAUCUUACAAUUUUGAUUUAUCCAUCACCAUCGGGGCGUCUCCGACAAGGGGAAGCACAGGACCUGUAAGGACGAUCAGCGCAUAAUCAACCACUCAGGUAGUCAGUCGUCCAGCGUAGCCACAAUAGCAGUAUAACAUAAUAACAUGAACACCAGCGUAAACAGUAGCAAUCGAGUGGCAGUUCUAACGGGGAUAUGCCCCCGCCAACAGCGGAAGUACCCUUGGCGUCAACGAUCUAUCGAAACGGUGGUUUCCCUCCCUUCGGUUACAUUGACAACGGCAAGCCAUAGGCUUCUCGUCCAGCUGCUUCCCCUUGUCACCCUGCUGUUCCUCGUCAACGUUACAGGAGUCGAUGCCCAAAGUGAGGCGGUGUACGUGCGAGUAGAUCACAAUGCAUCGCUUGUAUGCCCUCGGGUGCCUGAAGGGACGCCCUCGCAACAGCCUCUAUUAUGGUGGAAAGACGACGUGCUUUUGCAACCGCCUGGAGGCUCGGGGGGCCGCGGAAGCAGCCCCCAGCGAAUCUGGAUGCGCAAUAGUCAACUCUAUAUUGCUCGCGUGGUAGCCGAUGACUCUGGUGAAUACGCCUGCGGCCACUCGACUUUGCGCAAAGCCUCGGGUACCGUGAAGCUCUUCGUGCAAGACGUGCCGGAUCCGCCCGGAACGCCCCUGGUCGGGUUUUUCUCCUCGCGCACGGUGGAUCUAUCAUGGACCACGUCGCGUCAUGCUCACCACUCGCCCAUUCUCCAUUACAUCAUCGAAAUUCGGGUGGGCGAGCACGGAGAGUGGGAUUCGCGGAAUCGCGUCAUGACUAAGGACAACGUGACCAGGCAUCAAUUGAUUGGGCUACAGCCCUUCACUGUGUAUUCCUUCCGGGUCCUCGCCGUCAACGCAAUCGGAGCUUCAAAGCCGUCCAAAGAGAGUUACUAUAUGAUCACAUUGCGAGAAGUGCCCGAAGGGAAGCCCCACAUCGUCUACGCACAGAACACUUCAUCAACCUCUAUUCGUAUUCAAUGGACUCCGCCGCCGAAAAACACGAUUCAUGGGGAAUUCGAAGGAUACCGAAUCACCUACAAACAACGAGAUCGACCAGACGACGAGGCUAGGGAAGUCGUCAUACGAAAUAGCCAAACAACGCACUAUACGAUCCGAAACUUGGAAGUGUGGACACAGUACCUUGUGUCUCUUCAGGUAUUUAAUCCGGCGGGCCGCGGUCCGUCUGUGGUAGUACCGGUCAUGACAGACGAAGGGAUUCCCUCGGCGCCGAUGAACUUAACGGCGGAUAAGGUCACCCAGGCCAGUGUUCUGCUACAUUGGGCCGAACCAGCCCAACCUAACGGAGUAAUUCGCGGUUACCUGAUCCACUUUUCGCAUGCCAGUUCCAGAAAUGAGACCCAAGUGAAAAAGGUUAUCGGCUCGCGUCCCUUCAACGAGUACAUCCUCUCCGAUCUGAAGCCAUUCAGUCUGUACCAUAUAUGGGUGAAGGCGUACACGCAGCGGCACACUGGCGAUAACUCGAACGCCGUCGAGGUGAAGACGGAUGUGGCGGGACCUUCGGCACCUCCGAUCUUUAACCUGACCUGCCACAACAGUGACAGUUUGUACAUCGCCUGGGGACGACCGUCGCGGUACUAUUCACACGUGGACAUGUACUACGUGCACUAUCGCUCGGAAUACGCGUGGAGCUUCGAAGAGAUCGCCAUGGACGCGAGCCUAGACCCAUCGCAAGAGCACCACAUGCUCAUCCCCAACCUGACCGCUAACACCCUAUAUGAAGUCAAAGUACAAGGAGCCACUCGCUCAGUGCUAUACCAUUCCAAGCUUUAUAAGGGCGAGUUCUCUGAAUCCAGGAGAGUGAUCUUGUCCGGGACAGGUGGUAAAUGCCAGUCCUGGCUGGGAGGCCAAUACCCUUACUCUGGAGGGGUGGGGGCGGCGUUGAUCGCCGGCGUCGUCUGCCUCACGUUCGCACUCCUCCUAGCCCUGGUGUCGUUCUUCCUAUGGAAAAAAUACUUCCAGGCUGCUUACUACUAUCUCGACGAUCCGCUUCCCGGAGAGAGAGCUUCGUCCACGCUCGUAUUGCUGUCCGACACGUUCGAGGAUGGCGACUGUAAACCGAUCGAUGUCUGCCAAUGGCCCAAGCAUGUGGCCGAUCUACAUUCGGACGGAGAUAUCGGCUUCAGCAGGGAGUAUGAUUCCCUGCAAGCAAGCUUUGAGGCCGAACUUUCGUCUGAUUUCUCACAGCUCGAUGAGAAUAAGCCCAAAAACAGAUACGUCAACAUCGUCGCUUACGACCAUACGCGCGUGACCCUUAAGCCGUUAUCAGAGAAGCAGAGCAAAAGGUGUCCAGACUAUAUCAAUGCGAAUUAUAUUGACGGUUACCAGAAACCUCGUGCAUAUAUUGGUACGCAAGGGCCCAUGCCGUCAACGUUCGACGAUUACUGGCGGAUGGUGUGGGAACAAAGGGUGCACGUUAUUGUGAUGAUUACUAAUCUCGUUGAAAGGUCUAGGCACUGCGCCAUAUCUGCGAAACAGGAUGAGUUUGAGGGAAGUCGCAAGUGCGACCAGUAUUGGCCCAGUGAAGGCUCGUGUUCGUACGGCCAGCUGCAGGUUAAGUUCAUUUCGGAAGACGUCAUGUCAACAUACACGGUACGCACCUUCCAAGUGCGCCACUUGAAACAGAAAAAAGCGGGCGAACGCACCGUCGUUCAAUACCAUUACACUAACUGGCCCGACCAUGGAGUGCCCGACCAUCCGUUACCGGUGUUGUCUUUCGUCGUGCGCUCCGCAGCCGCUAACCCGCCAACAGCUGGACCAAUGAUUGUUCACUGUUCAGCUGGCGUGGGCCGGACCGGAACGUACAUCGUCAUCGACGCCAUGCUACGUAUGAUGCGACACAAGCAUUGCAUCAAUGUGUACGGGUUCCUCAAGCACAUCCGAAGGCAGCGCAACUACCUUGUGCAGACGGAGGAGCAGUAUGUGUUCAUCCACGACGCUCUGCUUGAGGCAAUUGAGAGCGGCGCCCCGACCGAAGUUCCGGCGGGACAACUUCCCCGCUUCGUGCAGACCCUGGCCCAGCCAUCGGCCAGCGGGGGCCCGUCGCUGCUCGAGCGCCAGUUCAAGCUCGUCACCGUAUUUAAGGCCAAAGAUUUUAACGUCGUGUCAGCACUAAAGCCGUGUAACAAGAGCAAGAAUCGCUCGCUCAACCUGCUGCCUAUCGAGCAUUAUCGGGUGCACAUCACAGCUAAACCGGGCCAGGAGGGCAGUGAUUACAUAAAUGCCACGUUCGUGCAGGGCUUCCGCCGGUUACGGGAGUACGUGCUUACCCAACACCCGAUGCAGGAGACCGUCACUGAUUUUUGGCAAAUGGUCUGGGACCACCAUAUGAAGGUCCUCGUACUGCUUUGCUGCGACCAGGAUGGGAAGGAGUACCCAGGCUUCUUCCCAUCGCAGGUCGGGGCCUCUGAAACCCAUGAUCAGUUCGUUGUCAAGAGGGACACCAAUGGUAAACUUAUUCUUAAGCACGGUCAGGACGCCGACUCUCUAGAGAUCACGUUGUUACAUGCUCCAACAUGGUUGUCGGGCUGUAAGGCUUUGUUUGAGCUGUUUUCGCUAAUUAAGCAAGCCCUCACUGCCCAGGGGAGCGGUGAGACACCCGUGCUUGUGGUGGACCGCAUUGGCGGAACCGAAGGAGCGACUUUCUGCGUACUCUCAUCACUCUAUCAGCAGAUCAACUCGCCCUUGGAACGCGCUGCCGACGUCUACCUAUAUGCCAAGCUGCUUCAUUUGAGGCGGCCGGGUGUAUGGAGAUCCAUACAAGACCUACAUAGUCUAUACCAGGCCUUGAGUAGCUUGGAAGCAACGCUCAUCCCGGACACGCCGUUGCCCCCAUAUAACGGGCAGGCCACGCAGGCAUUUCGGCCGUCACAGCAGCUAGCAGCUAGCCCCCCAUCUACCCUCAUACUUAGCUGUGCGAAGGAAGGCCACAGUCACCAUAACAAUCCGAACGAAAACGGCGGAACAAAUACGAACAGCACAACAACAGCAGCAAGCACACCGACGGCAACAACUCCGACGCUUUCGGUUGCGGUGUUGAUUAACGCGGUCAACGGCGGUCAAGCUGCAUCGCCUCUUCUGUCCCCAUCCGAUACCGUCUCUGUCGUUGAUAGCAACAGCAGUCAAAAUCAGAAUCAAAGUGUUCUGACGACGAAGACACCAACGCAACAAUCGUCAACGGCCAUAGUAACGGCAACAAUAAGUUCAGACGAUGACACGCCGACGACAAUGAGUAAUGGCUACCAGCAACAACAACAACAACAACCGCAACACCCUAUCAGCUAAAUAUCACCGGGACUACCACCAAUUUUACCGCGCGAACCAUAAUGAUAAUAGGGCUAUAAUGUACAUGAAAUUAUACAUAUAUAUAUAUAUAUAUAUAUAUAUAUAUAUAUAUAUAUAUAUGAAGGAAUUAAUAUCUUAGUGUAAUAGUCGUAGCAGCGGAACUAGCAACAUGCAAGAGUCUUCUCUACACUGAACGUCGAUGAGAUUCAGCGUAGCCCCCAUUUGUUCCACCUAGCAGUGGUUAAGAUAAGUGAAAGCUAGCUGGUCAGGAAACCGUGGUGUACCAACAGAUAAAAGCCACUGGCUCGGCCAUGUUGCUGAUAGCCGUAGGUUUCUUCAGGUAGACCCUAAACAGGGGUGACGUAUAGAACGGCCUAUGAUCGUGCUAGCCCUUUAGCCCUUAAAAAAUUGACACGUUCCACUAACUUGCCAUUGAUUAAUACCGUUGUUAGUAAACACUGGUACGACUAGCGGGACUAUUAUGCCUUCAGGACAGCCAAGUAGUGAUGGCUAGAUGACGGAAAAUCGUACAGAAAACUCCGUAGCGAUUGUGAUGAUCUUCUUUUUUUUGUCUAGUUCAAUUCAUGUGUUCUGCUUAUGUAAUAAAUCCAUUUUUGCCAGCCGAUUAAUCUACAAUAUAUCAAAUCUUGCGGUAGCCGGCAUCAUCCAGUGACGAAAUGAGGGGACGGCUUGCUCGUUUUCAGACUCAUACAAGGCUUCUUAGGAAACUAGCGUCGCAUGGGACCAUCAACAACGUGAGAUUGGCUGAGAUUCUCACCAGCCAGAUUUGAUUAUGUUGAACUAAGCUAUUAGAUUAUUACGAAGCUAGAAGUCCACUUCCGAAUAAUUUGAGAUUGGGAUGACUGAACAAUAAUUGAAGCCAUUUAUUUAUUUAUUCGAUAAUCCAAUGAUGAGUGAAUCGAAUCAAUAAGAAAUCCAAUCAUGAUUCCAACUAUUCUAAUUCCCAUUGCUCUCGUAAUCGGGUGCGACCAUGCACUUAGUGAAAUUAUCCGUAUUCAUCUAGAAAUAUAGUCACCGCGCCGAAUCAGAUCUGUGCAACCGUGAUCUGGCCGCGGUCAAACAUUAUCAUUUUAAUCGUCGUUCACAACUCAACUCUAUUUGCUCUUAUAGACAUUAAUCAAUCAAGUAUCAACGAUCAAUUGUCGGUCAUGUUUGUUAAUCGAGUAGAUUCACCGCUACUUUCAAUCUUUUAAAGAAAACUAUUCAAUUAUGAGGCAGUUGCCUCAACCGCUAUCGAUUUCUUACAUCGAACCUACAUCAAUUCUUAUUCCCACAAUAUAAUGCGUUUUCAAAAAAACUACUCAAUGUGCUUAAGGCGAAAGAGCAUAUACACACACUCAAUGCUGCUUCUUGUAGUAGGCUGUGGGUAGCGCGGAAUAUGCUUGCUUGCUUGCUUGCUUCCUUCGUUCUACAUGUGCGCCUCUUUGCUAGCAGGCGAGGUCCUACGAUAAGGAACUGAAGUGGGCCUAAAGAACUCGAUUUUUCAAUGUCGUGCAGAAUCGUAGAGGACUAGCUUUCCCGCAGACCACUCUCCGUCCCAUAAUAUCGGAAGACCUAUGAAGAAAUCGAUGAUAACAGUGGACAGCUAAGGCCUCACUCUCUGAAACAACUUAAAUCAGUAUCAUCUCAUCGCUAAUAUAUUGCUUUGUAAAGAAUCUGUGUAAUACUAGUAUUACAAAGUCACCGGAUAGUACCGAUCAGUAAGCCACUAAAGCGGGCACCAGAGACCCUAGAGGCAGUCGAAUAACUGAAAGCGCAGAAGGAAACAUUGUGGUGAAAAGCUCUAUUUUUGUUCGUGUCAUACUGAAAAGACCUCUACCUAAGCUAAUGUAACUAAGAAAACGAAAAUCAGCAGACGUUAGGUAACGAUAGAAAGAAUAAGAGAGAAACAAAGCAAAAUAGAAGCCUCCACCGAUUGCAAAAGCGAAGAAGACUUCGGAGUGGCCGGCGGUCAGAUUGAGGAGCUCAAGGCGGACACGCAUAGUUGUCACAAGAACUGUGUAUAAGUGAUUAUUGAUCAUUAUGAUGAUAAUAUAACAAUUACAUCAUGUUGUAGCUGCAUUUAGCCCCGUUGAGGUUACCACGCCAAUUUUUCGUAUAUAGCACCGCAAUAUUAUGGCCAAUGGGUCUGUCUCCGCGUGUGACGUGAUUACAGCGCCAUGCCACUACUAUGGCACGUGGAUAUUGUUUAGGCUGUGUGGCGACGCUUUACUAUAUGUUCACUUUAAAUGCUGGGUAAUAUUCGUCUGCAGACAGUAUCAACAAGCGAAAGGGUAAAUUUCAACUGAAAUUCGAAGUAAUUCUAACAACAAAUCCAAGUAUAUGCUGCGGAUUGAGCCCAGCUACUCCUGUCCGACGGGUGAUCUCAACGCUGCUCUGGCACACUGUAGCUCAUCUCUGGAACCUGUAGAAUACAUAACUACUGAUUAUCAACGUAAUAAUAGUCAUUAAGAUUAUUAUUCCUAAUACUUAUUACCACUAAGAGAAGACGAAGGAUGAGGAUGGUGAUUGUGUGGAUAAUCUAAUUAGAAUAUUGAAACGAUGAUAUUCUCAUUGUAGUGUAUUGUAAUUCAUAUUAUUAUUAAAUAAUAUAUAUAAUAAUGAGAUAAUGAUAUUUGACAACCAACCCUGUACAAAGCUUUAGUAGAUAUACGUCAUAGCUAUAUAUAUAUAUAUAUAUAUAUGACAGAAGCAAAAAAUGAAAGAUUGGAAAUUUAACUAAAGAAAGCAAAGCAUAAUAAACGCGAGAUGUAAAAGGUGUAUGUGUAGAAAAAAACCUCAAGAUAACAACAAUUGGCGAUGAUGUGGACGGAAAUUCUGUAGUGCGCCUGUGGAACUCAAGUAACGGCAAAAAAAAAAGAUGAAAAUGAAGGGAAACUACUGCGUAGACAAUAAUCGUUAAUAUCCGUUUUGGAUAACAGCUUAUAGGGAUAGAGCCUAAAGGGUGUAUGAAUUCGAGACGAUACAUGAAAAGUAAAGCGAGAACGCGAUAUACAACUGUACAGCAGAGUGAGAGCUAAACGUAUUGCAGCAGCGACAACUUCAAUAAAAAUUAGCGAAGACAACUAUGAAUGAGGGAGUAAUAAAGAUAAUAAAAGGGUAGAGCAGCGGCGGUGUGCUAUAUAUCGCUUCAGGCUACUCAACACAACUCGAUGGAGCCUAAUAAGGCCAGUGCAGAAAACCUAUAAAGACACAGAACUGAAUACGUAGUUAGAGUGAUGAACAAUCCGAUUAAGCAAAACUGAUACUUAUCAAAUUAUGUGUGACAAUUGGAUUGCGAGUUUACGGAAGCUAGUGUAAGCAGAAGGUCACAGUAACAACAACGACUGAUGGUUGUCUAACGAAAAAUCAGUUAAAAAAAAAUGCCAGCGUAUUGAUGAAGAGCUAGCGUACCGGCGAUGCUGUUAUGGGCUGCAGGCCUCGAAAAGCGUCCUGGAUAAAAAAUAGCAUGUAUUCAGAUCAGGUUCUCCAGUAUCCCACCAUUCACUUUCACGUUUCGAGCCGCUGUUGAUGGUGGUAGAUGUUGAUUUAUGCUUGUUUAACGAUCCAUUCGUUAGUACUACAUGUUGUUCUACGAAGCUCCAAUGACUGUAUAAACAUUUAUUUAACCUUACAACUGUCAUUUAUGUACUUCCAGAUUUUGUUCUAUUCUGGCGGCCGCCAUUAAAUUUAAUAGAUAAUGAACGCCUAUUAUGUAUUUGUGUGUUGAUUGAUUUGAUCUCCUUUUAGCAUGUUCUUUUAGAGGAAUUGAGUAGCACACUUGGUGAGGCUAACACGUCGGCCAUCAAUGACUUGAUCAACAUGAGAAAAUUAAUUAAAACGUUCCUUUGGUGCAAUGUCACUUGUGAAACGUCGGGUGCUAUACAUCUGCGCGCCCGAUUUAGUUACAUGGUAGUCGAGAAGUCUUGUAAGGAUAUACAAACAUUUUUAAAAGAAACAACAAUCUGACGUAAGGCGAGGAAAACAUAUCGUGUUUAGCGUGCGAGACGGUAUUCGUGCUUGGCGUAAGCAACCGGAAAGUGCAGGAUCACGAACAUGCCCAACCACUUACUCCCGCUCGGGGACCCCACAUAAAGAAGGCAGAGACCAAAAAAAUGAAAGAGAAACGCCCGCAAAUAAAUUGUUUUAUUUCGUACACCGAGAAGACGCAAGUAAACAGCAUAUUAUCAAGACACCAUUGGGGUUAAUGUUACCACUUCUUAAUUUCACCGUCGUCAAUAACGGAACAAAAAGGAGGCGAGACUCAGAUAGAAUUUAAUCGCGGUAUAGAUAUAGUACGUACUAUUUAUGAAACAACCUGAGUAAGCUCAUCCGCGAGACGUAAAUUAAAUAACGUUAGUUCCUUAGCUUAUGCAAUAAUAAAGUAAUGAAACGCAAAAUGUCACAAUAGCACACAAAAGUAAAAUCCUUAAUAUAAUAGCAGUUUCUCUGGCUGAAUUCUCGGCGCUAGCUAUCAUGUCAUGAAAGCAUCCAAGAGAGCCUGUGUGGACGGUUUCGUCAGUGCAAGGUCUUGGCAUCUCAAAUCUUAUCUUCUACGGCUUGAACACGAACAACGUAUACAUACGCACAGGCCUUCAUGACGUAGAAACACGGCGACAGAAAAGAUAUAUAUGGUAGAGAAAAACGCGCGCCUGAGCCAGAGAACGAUCCGAAGCAGUCACGUGGAAGGAAUAUAUUGCGUGUUAAAGAUACUCAAUCAGCGUUGAGAAUAAUGGUUGCAAGCAUUUGUGACAUACAUCUAUACACAUUGUACUGUAGUUUAAAUGUGAUCAUCUUUAUUUGGAUCAUAGCUGUGUAAAAGGGCUGUUGUAUGCUGGAGCGAUGCAGAAGGGACGCGGGAUAACUGCAAAAAUAAAUGGCGAGCAUGUAUGACUACUGAGAUGUUUCGAAAAGCUGGACUGAGUUGAGAUAGUGACAGAGGGGAUACUGAUGCUUCGACCGAUCACAGUAAUAGUAACACAAAUAGAUAGAAAACUAAUAGAACAAAAAAGUGUAUUCCGAUAAACGUAUAUGUAACGACAAAUGCCAAUAGAAUAUCAAAAUGUAGCUACAUGCUGACCACUUGCAAAGCAGCGUUAAAAUCGGCAAACUUUACGCUUUUAUCGUAAUCCCGUUGCAAAGGUGCUACCGAAGUCAACAUUAACGUCAAGGAAUAUUGAUUUGGAAAGAAUAUUCAUUGUUCGUAUUUUCUACACUGCACCGUUUUUAUAGAAUUACUAGUCACUUGGGAAUUUUCUAGAAAAUUGCGCCUUUAGGAGGACAUAUUUUUCAAAAAAACAAUUACUGCCGUUUGUAAUACUGGGAUCCUUUAGGCAUCGAUCGAUUCCAUUAGAAAAUUUAAACCUUCAAACUCUCCUAUUUUCGCUAAUUUCAGAAGGCUUCAGGGAGCAAACACUUCCCGGUAAUGAGCGUUCUCCAUUCUGUCAUUGAUGUCGGACACUUAGGUGUUACUUGCUUACAUUUUGAACAAAGAGAUUCUGUUGGUUGGCUCAGUUGAUCGCUCGACCUAAGACAGUUUAACCGUUACAGCAGAGACUUUCCAAAUGUGUUGUUUCCGCAAUUGCUGAGCUAAUUGCGUCUAGAUAUUUUUGUGGAUGAUAUUAAUGGCCCUUACUAGACGUCCUCUUGCCUAAAUGCGGAUGUUUCUGACUUUAAUCGGUAUAGACGAUAGUAGACUCUAAGGACCCCAAUAUAAUUGAUAAAACAGUGUAUAUUCUAAAGGUUGAAAAAAGCUGACGCAGAAGAACAGAGAUUCUUCUAGUAAAGUGAAUCGAAGCCGAUCUAUUAGCCCUGAACUAUGUGACUAGAGUCGUAUAUAGGCUGCUCAUACCGUGAGCCGAUUUGAAUAAGAUAUACGCUAGCGGUCGAUCGGGCGGUUCGUUCUUUCAUGACACGUGUAUUUAGUAUACGACUCAGAGUUGAAUUAUUUGGCUCUGCAUAGCAGCGACAUUCGAAUACAUUCGAUACCCAUAGAAUACAUUUUAUUAUAAAAUAAUAAAAGAGGAGAUGAGACAAAACUUUCAAUUGGGGCUAAAUGAUAGAUCCUGGGUUACAAUAUGGGUAUUGAUUCAGCAAAGAUGGGUUCCCGCUCUCUAGUUGAAGUAAAACUAUUGGAGAAGCUAACCGGCACUGUCGUUCAAACUAUAAGCGAAAACAACUUAUUACCGAGCCCGCCGUUCUAUGCACACAUGGGCGAUGCUCUUUUUGGUAAUUAUUUGCGCUUGUACUGCGGCUUCAUCAUGACUUUAGCAAUAUCUCUUGCGAUCUAGUUGUGUUAAUGAGUACUUCGAGGAAGAACUACUACCUCUUUCCACUCGUCCAGUUAAAAUGCGAAUAGGAUAUACAACAAAAACCCCACGUCGAGAUGUGAUAAACAAGUCAGAUAUUCAAUUGCGCAUAGGACGUGAAACAUUCGUCAAGAAUUGGCUUAUUUUCUUGCGGAGCUUGCCCUAGCCCCGUCCGCACAACUUGAAGUAUUGGUCGGAGAUAACCAUGUUUGUAUGCAUUUUACAUGCACGUUUCAGUGAGCCAAUUUAGCCGUGAUUCAACAUGGCUAUAAAGAUCUGAUGUUCUGAAGAUGCGAUAUAACUUGAUUCACUCAGAUACCUUAAAUCUGAGUUUGCUAAUCCGUGAUUGAGCUCACAGGGGUACACGGUGCGGAUGACCAAACAGCUAAGCCCCUGCCUUUGUUAAAAAAACAAUAGAAUUGAGGGACAAGAGUUUCGCAAGUGUUGAGCGCUGAACUCUCCCCACAGCAAUGGCUCAAACUAAGCUCUCUCAACGGACGUGCGCGGUUGGGAUUCGUAUUUAUAGAAACGGUAUGUAAUAGAAAUUUAAGUGUAGUUUUAACAACCACAAUUUCACUUAAAAAUAACCGCCACUGCCGUGGAAGCCCUGCGAUAAUAACAUUUAGAUGAAUCUACAAGAGAAGCGAAUGACAACAAUAUUAUUUUGUUGAAAGUACAUAUAUAAUGUACUCAAUAUUUUUCGUCGCAUAGCCUAGCGCCUUUCACUGCGAACGCUUGUAACUGCUAAUAGCAGUUAAACGGCUAUCGAGGUCACGAAGGCUUGACGAAAGGAGACAUGGUUCCGGCUGAUCUAUCCUUGACACGGCAACCUGUUUCCGAACGCUGACGCUAGAGCAGAGAGCAACUCCAGGAAGCACACACUGUACAUAGCCUAUCACGACAAUUUCAAUAACCAUUAUCAUUAUUAAUAUAGAAACUCAUAUAGUUGCAUGCAUGUUCAGAUUGCUCUCGGCGAAAAUAGACGGCAGCAUGGAUAAAAACAAGACGCUGCAAAAAUGGUGAAUGCUCACAAAUACCCCCAAAUUGCCUAUGGGUUGGUAACCAUGGGUACUCAUGACCUGAUCGAAGCUCUGCCUGCAUGUCUUUUAAACAUGGUGAAGAUUUAACUCUUCCUGUCUUCGCCUGAUCCGUACAUAACUACAAAACGUACUAAAUAACGUACAAAAAACAAUCGGUUGACUUUGCCUCCCUUCGCAAGGGGCCGUUCGAGGCGAGGAAUAAGCAUAAAGAUAGGUUACCAAAGCUAAGUAAAUGCGAAAGACGGUAGUAGGUAGGCGGCAUGGCAGAACUAGCUGCAUCAUUGCUCUUGUAGGAAAGGCUAAGCAAAUGGAGGAUCUAUUGCAGACCCAAUACGCAUUGGGGUUCGUUGUUUUAUCGGCUGGAACGACUUCCGUUCUAGUAACCCCAAAACAGAAAAGGUUAAGUGUAUAUAAACUGACUGAAAAAGGGGAGAGGGAGAGAGAGAGAGAGAGCAAGAAAGUCACUUCAAAGACCUACAAAAUAAGAAGAAUAACAAAUACAUAGGAGUAAUAAUAAUAAUAAUAUUAUUAAUAAUUACGAACAACAAUGUUGUAGAGAAGAGAGGAAUUCUCGAUUGCUAUCGAAGUAAUAGAGAACCCACGACCACGUUUAGGGUGGCAUAUGUCUCCGCACACACACAAACACACACACACACACACUAUGCCAUAUAUAUAUAUAUAUAUAUAUAUAUAUAUAGAUAUGCGUAGUGAAAGUGUGUGGAAUCCGAAUGCCGAAUAAAAGUCUUAAAAUUUAAUAACACUUAGAGUACUGUUCUAGUGAAUCGUGUCGCCGACAUUCUGCUGACAGCAAGAGUAAUAAUAAUAGUAAUCACGGUAAAGAACCUAAAACUAAAUGCUAACCUGUGGCCAGACAUAAAAAUUUCGAUUCUUAUAAGCAAUUGCGGUCAACGAGAGAGAAGGCGCAUGCGCAACAAUAAGGCUAACACGUAAAAAUAAGAUGUCUGAUAAAUGAGUCCGAUAAAUGCGAAAAGAGAAAAUGCCCAGCAGUAACUUAUUAGUUCUAUACUUCGACGAUAAUUAUCACUAUUAUUACACUCCUUGUAAAGCUUCAGAAUUACAUAGGAGACGAAAAAAGGAAACAGGGAGUCGAGGAGAGAACAAAAAAUACCGGGAGAGAAAAAACAGAAAAGCAGAAAGAAAAGCCUGGCAGAUAUAAUGGAAGUCGUAAAAAUAAUAAUAAUAAUAAUGGGCUUAAUGCCGCCCAUCAUAGAAAUGCAGUUGUGGUUUGAUGACAACCACAAACAACCCGCUCAACAGGAAAAAAAAUUGCACUAAAUGAGAAAAAUAUGGUUAAAAAAAGGAUAAUGCUAAAACACAAAAAAGUCGAUGUGUGAGAGCGCGACCAGCAUCAAAUAAAGAAACAAAGGCAAGAGCAAUCCUGCCGGAGCAACGAAACACCGACAACAAGAUCAAUGGAGCAAUGAACGCAUAAAUAAAGAGGGAAAAAUGCGACUAUUCAGAAUCUUAAUGUUAUACCCAA